CUUGACUCAAGUUAUUAUCAGUUUGCUGUAAGAGACAAGGCACCUGCUCUGCGGGCAGGAAGUGUUGGAGGGUGGGCAGGGCUAGGUUGGGCAUUGCUGGGCUGGGCAGGGAAACCCUGGAGAAGACCCGAGAGCCCCCAGGCUGCAAAGCUUGGGCAGAAGGGGCGGAGUGUGAUUGGCUGGGAAGCUCUUCAUAUAAGAGCCCAGUCUGCUGGAGGACAAGGGAGCGCUCAGUCUGCAGCAGGGGAAAGGGCACAGGGAGUGGGCAGCAGAAUCCCCCCAAAAAAUACACAGGCAGGAAAUCAAAGGACACUGAGCCCUGAGACAGAGCCUUGGAUUGAGUGGAUAUAACACUGGGAGUUAUUUAAUACUUGGAGUGGAUUUAAUACCAGUCUUUCACACAUGGCUGCUGCAGGGAGAAUGGCUGCCUGGCUUUACCUGUCCUGCUGUCUGAUAUGGGGCCCCUGGGUCACUGCCUUCAACCUGGAUACUGACAAUGUCAUCUCCAAGAGCGGAGAACCCGGCAGCUUUUUCGGCUUUUCUCUGGCCAUGCAUCGGCAGCUGACCCCCGAGGAUAAACGGCUGUAAGUCCCGAAACGUUUCCUUCUAUAAUGUGCCACCCGCAGGAUUGGCUGCGAGGAUCCUGCGGAAUGGAACGUUCAGGAUAAGGAGUAUCUAUUAAUCGAUACAUUGAUUUAUUUAAUAUUAUUUUUUCUUUAAAUUAAUUUUGGAGGGGACAGAAAGUGUGUCCAGGUGUGCUUUGCAAAAAUUGGUUUGAGCGGAAGCACUGAUAGAGAUAUAGAACUAUAGACAGAUAUGUGAAUAAAUGCUUAAAACAAAUAAUUCAGAUGAAGGGGUUGUUUGUAGAUGUUAGAGGUUUUUACAGCUGCAGACACAGAUUGGUGAUAAGAGAGGUGACAGUCAGCCUCCUGGCCGUAACUUUACACAAAAUAAUGAUUGACAGAUCAAAACUGUAACGUAUCCCAUAUGGUACAAUAAAUGUUUCAGAAAAUAUACAUAUUUAUUAUAUAGUUAGAAUAUGAGGUAUAUAUUUAUAUUAAAUAAAUACAUACAUACACCUACAUAUAGGCAUUCCAAGUAAUUUGUUAAUGUUCCUCAGAUCCUGUUGAAAGCUCUGUGUUGUUAACAUCUGCCAUAGAUGACUGAUUCUGUGGACUUUGCAACUGUGUAUUUUUCAGGUAAAUGAUUAAACGACAAAAAUAAUAGAUCCUUUUCAUCUACUGAUUGCCUAGAUCGGGGAUAGGCGACCGUCGGCACUCCAGAUGUUGUGGACUAUAUCCCCCAUAAUGCUCUUACACCCAUAAUGCUGGCAAAGCAUCAUGGGAGCUGUAGUCCAGAACAUCUGGAGUGCCGAAGGUUGCCUAUUCCUGGUGUCGCUUGUCCGCUUACACUGUUGCAAUCCUGCAGGGCUCUAGCUGCCGGCUUGGUAGGUCGGUCUCUAAGAGUUUCUGCAGCAGCUGAGGCUUUCAGAGAGAGGACUGCACUGUGUGUUUGACAAGCAGGAACAAAGCAGCCUCUAUCAUCAUAGAAGCUUUGAACAGUUAUGCUGAACUAGAAAAAUGUGUGGUUGCCAGUCCAUAUGGACAAGUUGCCUUUUCUGGUGUUUCACAGCCCCUAGUUUAGGGCAACUGUCCCCAUUCCCCCACCCCCAUCAUGUCACCCAGUGUAACCUUUCUGAGUCACCAUCCUUCCCCAGCCCAUGCAUGCAUUGUUCUCUCCUUGUAUUGCCUUUUUUUUUAAGCCCCUCUGGUUGUUCCCAGGAGUGGCUGCCUCUGGCCCUCCAGGCUCCAGCUGUUGUUCUUUACAUCUUUAUUGUCACUCAAUGUGUUGUGCUGGGUUGACUGUCUGAUAAUUAACACUGGUGGUUCUGUGGUCUGUGUGCAGGAUACAUUUUUUUUUAAUGCUUACAGGAAGAAAGUAGUGUUGAGGAAGUUAAAGGAUAUUUUGGUCUACUCUCUAGUCUAGUGCAACAAAAAUGAUAGAAAGUGGAAGGCUUGUCCCCUCCCCCCCUUUAUCUCUCUCUUCCCAGAUAAGUCUGUAAAAGUGAUGGCUGAGCAUGAUAGGAUUGUUGUCUUACAGCAGAUGUUUGCCUGAGUGAGGUUUUUGAGAGUUGACACAAAGUGGUGCAAAGAAAAAUCUAAGAAAAAAUAUUUUAGAUUAUGGUAAUACUUCUCGGACUAUUGCACAAACUCCCUCUUAUACCAUUUCUUAGUACAUCUCUCAAUAUGAAGCACAGCUGUUAGUGCAUAGACACCAGGAGGCAAACAGUAACUUUCUUGUUGGAACCAUCAGUUUUUUUCCCUUUUAUGUGAAAUAACAGGAAAAAUAUUUCUUGCUGCCCAGAACCUUAAUUUAACAAGUGCUUUUUACUAGUCACACCCAUUGAAGUAGCUCACAAGUGUUUCAGGAAAUAAACUGCUCUGUAUUCAUUUCAAAUAAUGCUGAAACUCACCGGUGACAAAAUGCAUUGGAGUCUUUUGUACAACACUAUGGUAUAGGGUCCACGCAUUAUACAUUAAAUAAUUAUAAUACUGGCUCAGAGAUGUGGUGUGUUCAUCAAGUCAUUCUGCCAGGUUGUUUUUUUUUUAAAUAUGCAAAACUUUUUCCAUUUAAUAUUCACAAAUGACAAUAGUAAAAUACUGUAUUAUAUUAUUUAUAGUUUGAGAACAUACACUUUUUAGGAUGUAGUUGUUGUGUUAGAAUUGGUUCAGCCACAUGUCUGUCUGCUGACAUGUUCAGUGCAUUGUAAGCUUGCAGCCAAUUCAUAUUCUGAAUGCUAAAUAUGUUUUCCAUAUACAUAUUGGUAGGGUCGGAAUUUGUGACUAUGGCAUGAUUCAGUGCUACUGUAUUUCAUUAUAAAUUAUGAUUCUCAAGAACUUUGCUAUUUUUAAAUAAUUGAUUUCUUGCAUCCGUCUGGGUCUGCUUACGGAACAUCUAUCUGCAUUUGGAUCAUUCUACCUAGGGAAGUUGAAUGACAAUAGCAACACUAUUGCUAUUUCACUUCUGUAAACAUUCCAAAGGGAUGGCACUGGGGUGGGGGUGGAAUUUACACUGAUUCUACAAAUUUUUCAAAACCUUUUUUUAAUGUCAAAAACUAAGAAUUAACUGUCAGCGCUACGGAAUCUGUUGGCGUCUUAUAAAUGCCAUUAAUAAAAAAAGCUGCUUAAUUUGCACUGGUGCAGACUCUGUGUGAACCCCUGCAAUUGGCCACUCCCAGCUUCUGCAAUACCAAAUGAAUCCUUUGUCCCUAGUGUUUGACACAGUGUAGUGUCAGGGCCAGCAAUUCCUUCUCUUGCCUACACAUUACCAUGUCCCACAAAAGAAUUCCAGGGCAUCAACAAAGCUCUCUGAAUGGCCUGGCCUGGGAUUAAAGCAGUCUAUUGUUAUUUGACAGGCUUAGUCAGUAAUGAAUAAACCCCUCACCCCAAAAAAGAGACAAUUGGUUUGCAUCAUGCUCAUCCAAGCCAUAAACCGGUAAACGUUUUUCAUCUCUGAGUUAGAGUUGAUUUAUAUAAACAUUUCAUUUUAUGAUUUACAGACUACUGCUUUGCAUUUUGCAUAGACAUGUAAUGUACAAACAUCAAGGAGUGUAUUUAAUAAAUUGUGAGAUUUGGUGUCGGUGAAUUGGAGUCUAACAUUGAUCCAUUGUACAGCGCUAUGGAAUCUGAUGGCGCUAUAUAAAUAAUAAAAUAAUAAUAAUAAUAUUGUAAGAUAAAUUAGUUGAGAGUGGCAAAAACUAUCUCCAACUUUUCUGUUUUGGGCUAUGCUCAACAGUUGGGAUGCCAACUGUAUGUAACUCACUGUUUAAAGAAUGCACCCCUCGAUUUAAAACCAACUUCAUCUGUGGGCGUUUAUGGGAAAAGUCAUCCUUGCAAAUGACAGAAAGAUCAUCGGACACUGAACUUUAUGGUGAUCACCUCUUUUUUACCAUUUGUUUGUCAUCAAACACUUGUAUACCUUGUUUAUGCAGUUUAUGGUAAAACACAAUACGUCCAUUAUUUCUAAAGAAAAAUAUUUUCUAUUUUAGUAAGGGUGCACUUAAAAGGACACUAUAGUCACCCAGACCACUUCAGCUCAAUGAAGUAGUCUGGGUGCCAGGUCCCUCAGGUUUUUACCCUUCAGAUGCAAACAUAGCAUGUUUACAUUUGGGGUUAAGCCAGCCUUUAGUGGCUGUCUUCCGGACAGCCACUAUAGGCGCAUCUGCCACGCUGGAGGCAUAUUAUGCCUCCAUCGCACAGAGCGUCCAUAGGAAAGCAUUGAGAAAUGCUUUCCUAUGGACACUUUGAAUGUGCACACGGCACUUGCCGCGCAUGCAUUCGGCUCCGCUGACGUCGGCAGAGGGAGCUGCCAUCGGCGGGGGAGGAGAGGUCACCAGCGUCAAGGGAGCCCGGCGCUGGAAUAAGGUAAGUGGCUGAAAGGGUUUUAACCCCUUGAGCGCCACGGGAGGGGGACCCUGAGGGCACUAUAGUGUCAGGAAAACCGCAUUUGUUUUCCUGACACUAUAGUGAUCCUUUAAUGUUCUAAAAUGGAAUGUCCAGUUCAAACAGGUGCCUUAGAUGUAAGUAAAAUAUUGCUUUUCAUUCACUAAACAUUCAGUUGUGGUGAGUUGGCUAGCAACUUAUAGACUUGAAAAAUGUUGCCAAAAAUUGGUGGUGAAAUUGUUAUUUUUUCCAAUUUUGUUUUUCCAGCCUAAAUUUUGUGAGUCAUUAGUUGACUCAGUACAGCUCGCUGUUUCGUGAAUAAAUAGCUUGUAUCGUCCUAUAUUCUUGUACUAUGAUCAUCUUGUGCAACUAAAUUGAAGAUACAGACAGAAGGGAGAUCCCAUCUCUGAUAAUGCUCUGACAGUCUGCCAUAGAAGACUUUAGUUCUUUGUAAUGUAAAUAGUCCUAAUUAUUAUUAUUAUUAUUAUUAUUUUAUUAUUUAUAUAGCGCCAGCACAUUCCGUAGCGCUGUAAUUGUUUUCUUUCCUGUUGCAUAAAG